UGAUGUUUCGUGGGUUCGGUGCAGGUGUGUAUGUAGUUCACGACUAAAACUUAGCGCGAUAACGGAUUACAGAAUGCAGAAUCAAAAGGAAUCCCUUCGUUACAGCCCGUACUUUACAAAAAAAUCAGGAGUUUGUGAUGAAGCUAAAGGAACAAACACGUCGAAAGAAGAAAGCAAAAACACAGGGAAAAGUCCUAAAAAGCCAAGGCGUCUAGUAAAAAGAUUCGGAGAAAUGUCUGAAGAAGAUGUGUUGAAACUAAAGCUUCCAGAGCAUCUAGACUACAAUCUGGAUAUUCUUUUUGUUGGAAUAAAUCCAGGCUUGAUGGCGGCCUACAAAGGACACCACUAUGCAGGAGCAAAUAAUCACUUCUGGCCUUGUUUGUAUGAAUCAGGGCUGGUUCCUGAGAGGCUUACAUACCUGGAUGAUGUAAGAUGUCCAUCAUAUGGUAUAGGAUUAACAAAUAUGGUGGAGCGGACAACAAGGGGAAGUGCAGACCUCUCCAGACAGGAAAUGAGAGAUGGAAAAGGUGAGCUCAUACGGAAAGUGGAGCUGUACAAGCCAUUAAUAGUCUGUUUUAAUGGAAAAGGUUGGUACAUAAAUGGAAUUAAUAUCUAAAUGAAAUCUCU